CUUUCGUCCUCCCAGCCAAUGGUAGGGCAAAACUUGGGCAGGGGGUGGGACCAGAAUGCCUGAGUACCAAACUGGCUAGCAAAGGGGCGAAAGGACUCCCACCUCCCGGGUACAGAGAUGCAGAAACCUCCCGAUGCCUAGAAGGGCCAGAGGGUUGGGGUGCGAGUUAGUAGGGUGUCGGUGACGUAAUUCCUUCUGCGCUUCGUUCCAAGAUGUGGGUCAGGCGCUUUCGGUGAGGGACACUUGACUCAGCAAAGACCCUCUCUUGUCUCCCUCCUGCAAACUUUUGUCGGAGAGCUGAAGUGCAGAGAACAUCUCGGGUGGAGUGCACUUUGCAGGUAGAGGAGAACGUGGAGACUUUCGGGUAUCGGCAGAAGAGUGAAUCAGUAACCGAGAACCAUGUGACCACUGCUCAGAGGGACCUGAACAGGAGGUGAUGCUGGCAAAUUAAAGGAAUACAACCUCCACAGGUGGUGAAACGGGCACUGAGGAGGUGCUGAUUCCAAAGUAUCAUUUCUGAAACGUCCGAUCUCAUACUUUCAAGAGAACUCCACUGAGGUGUUGCGAAGGGAGUCAAAACCUAGAAAGGGAAAGAAGACUCAGAAGGCCACUGGGAUGUCCCAUGCAAGAGAAAAUGAGGAGAAAGACAAGAAGCUUCAAACAUAAGACAGUUAAAGACAACAAGACACUCCCAGGCGCAAGUGACCAAGCAUCUGGGAAAGAUGGCAGUCAGUGCUCUGGCCCUGCAACAAGCGAGAGGGUUCAGGCUGGGAAGAGACGGUACGUCUGUGCCGAGUGCGGGAGGGCCUUCAGUCAGAGCGCAAACCUCACGGUGCACGAGCGGACCCACACAGGAGAGAAGCCCUACAAGUGCAAGGAGUGUGGAAAGGCCUUCAGCCACAGCUCCAACCUUGUGGUUCAUCGGCGAACCCACUCCGGCCUGAAGCCCUACACUUGCAGCGAGUGUGGGAAGUCCUUCAGCGGUAAGUCGCACCUCAUUCGGCACCAGGGGAUCCACAGCGGGGAGAAAACUUACGAAUGUAAGGAGUGUGGGAAAGCUUUUAGUCGGAGUUCAGGUCUCAUUUCACAUCACAGAGUUCACACUGGGGAGAAGCCAUACACCUGUAUCCAGUGUGGGAAAGCCUUUAGCCGUAGCUCCAACCUCACUCAACAUCAGAGAAUGCACAAAGGAAAAAAAGUUUACAAGUGUAAGGAAUGUGGGAAAAUGUGUGUGUCUAAUACAAAGAUUAUGGACCAUCAGAGAAUUCACACAGGGGAGAAGCCUUAUGAGUGUGAUGAGUGUGGAAAAGCUUUCAUCCUGAGGAAGACCCUUAACGAACAUCAGAGACUUCAUCGUAGAGAGAAGCCUUACAAAUGUCACGAGUGUGGGAAAGCUUUUACUUCUAAUCGAAACCUUAUUGAUCAUCAGAGAGUUCACACUGGAGAGAAGCCCUAUAGCUGUAACGAGUGCGGAAAGACCUUCAGGCAGACUUCCCAGGUCAUCCUACAUCUGAGAACCCACACCAAGGAGAAGCCCUACAAAUGCAGUGAGUGUGGGAAAGCGUAUCGUUACAGCUCACAGCUAAUUCAGCACCAGAGGAAACACUCUGAGGAGAAAGAAACCUCAUAAAUAGCAUGUACUGUUGGUAGGAGGACUAAUUGCUACUUUUCAGAAAAGCAGGUUUUCAGUGUCAUCAGCCUUAAUUGUAUUUCUAAGAACCCACACAGGGAAAAUAAUCAGAAACAGACUGAUUAAUACUUGAGAGAUUCAUGCCAGCAAGGGUAUAAUUAAAGGAAGAAAACUAGGUUUUCAGUAGCACAGGCUUUAAAUUAAUGGUUUGCAGUCACUGUAAAGAUUCUUAAAGAAUAUUCAAUGCCAUGGGGGAAAUGAUUUAGAUAAAAUGGGAGAUAAAAGAAAGAAAAAACAAUGAAAUAUGAUCCAAACGGAAACAAAGCAUUUCUGUGUUGGACAAAAACGGGAAAGAAGUGAUAUCACACCACAGUGUUAACAGUGACCAUCUCCGGGUGAUAGGGUUGUAAGUGUUCCUAUUUUCUUCUUUAUACUUUUCUAUGUGUGUUAGAUUUUUCUACAAUGAGAAUGCACUUUUGUAUACUUAAGGGGAAAUCCAGUAUUUUUUAAAUGCAGUGAGUACAUGCUCAUUUUGACUACACGGUGUCGGGGACGGCGCACAGAACACAGACUCCGGUGUCCUAGGAAGGCACCCUCACGCUGGCUUUUUCAGUGGCAGUGCCGCCGAGAGCAAGCCACCUCCUUUGAGAGCCCGUUUCCUGUUCAGUAAAAGCAGAAACAGCAGCCCUUGGUCUCUUUUCAGCUGUAAGAAAAGCUGACUUGAUGGUGGCCAACAAAACGUGUGUCCACUUCCUUAACCACUGUUAGGUUAAAAGCACGCGGCGAACGUUUAAAUGCCCUCCUCUCCCACAGCUGUCGGGGGAUCUGCAGAUAAUAGCCACCUGCCCGGGCGCCAUCUGCUCCACAGAUGUCUGCCAAAGCGGCAAAAACGUGUGCUUCUGGAAUUGAAAUGACUACAGGUUCCUAGCCUUUCAAAAGAUCCAGUUAGCAGAACCUGGCAUAGAGGAAGACCGCCUUCACGUGUUAUGUGGAGUUUCGUAGCUGAAAGUGUGGCCUUUGGGGUCAAAGACACACGUGUUCUCUGUACACUUAACGUGUUCUCAUCCCAAACUGACACACCAGCUUGUCAGUUCUGGACAAGCCACUAACUGCUCUUAGCCUCAGAUGUGUCUG